AUGUUGUGCUAUUCUUUAAGAAUGCAGAUUUUCAAGAUUUUACCAUUAGUUUUUACGAAACGCGUCCAAGGAGUUUAUCCCCUCCGUACAUGGAGUUGUGCCAGUAAAUCAAAAUCUGGGUGCAAGGUUAGCGAUGGAAUAUCGAAGGCAUAUCCCGUGGUCGAUCAUGUUUUCGAUGUUGUAAUUGUUGGUGCUGGCGGCGCUGGUUUGCGUGCCGCAUUCGGCUUGGUUGAGUUGGGCUUCAAAACGGCAGUUGUUAGCAAAAUUUUUCCAACACGUUCGCACACUAUAGCUGCGCAGGGUGGUGUAAAUGCGGCGCUAGGAAAUCAAGAUGAGGAUGAUUGGCGCUGGCAUUUCUAUGAUACAGUCAAAGGAUCAGAUUGGUUGGGCGAUCAAGAUGCUGCCCAUUAUAUGGCACGCGAAGCGCCACGCACUAUUUUAGAGCUUGAAAAUUAUGGUAUGCCCUUUUCACGCACACCAGACGGUAAGAUAUAUCAACGGCCGUUUGGCGGACAUACUAAACAUUUCGGUAAAGGGAUGGCCCGACGUGCAUGCGCAUGCGCUGAUCGCAUUGGUCAUGCCAUCUUGCAUACUCUCUAUGGCCAAUCACUUGCCUACGACAUUCAUUACUUUGUUGAGUACUAUGUCUUGGAUUUGAUAUUUGAGAAUUUAGCUUGUUGCGGUGUCAUCGCCUUUUGCAUGGAAGAUGGAACAUUACAUCGUUUUCGAGCUCUUAACACCAUAAUUGCUACAGGCGGCUAUGGGCGCGCUUACUUUUCAUGCACUUCUGCACACACAAAUACGGGAGAUGGCAAUGCAAUGGUAGCACGGCAAGGUUUACCAUUACAAGACAUGGAAUUUGUGCAAUUUCACCCGACGGGCUUGUAUGGACCCGGCGUACUUGUUACUGAAGGUUGUCGCGGCGAAGGUGGUUAUUUGGUAAACGCGAAAGGUGAACGUUUCAUGGAAAAGUAUGCUCCGAAAGCAAAAGAUUUAGCUCCUCGUGAUUUGGUUGCACGAUCUAUGACUAAGGAAAUUAUGGAAGGCCGAGGUGUGGGAGCUGAAAAAGAUCAUAUUUUUUUGCAGUUACAUCAUUUGCCACGAGAAAAAUUACUUACUCGUUUGCCGGGUAUAUUAGAAACGGUUAGAAUAUUCACUGGCAUAGAUGCGACACAGGCACCAAUUCCAGUUAUACCGACUGCACAUUACAAUAUGGGAGGCAUACCGACGAAUUAUAGGGGGCAAGUAUUAACCAUCGAUACAGAUGGUAAUGACUGUCCCGUUGUGGGAUUGUAUGCGGCUGGUGAGGUGUCAUGCAAUGUGCAUGGUGCAAAUCGUUUGGGUGCCAAUUCUCUAUUAGAUUUGAUGAUUUGGGGACGUUCCUGUGCUCUACAUAUUUCCGAGAAUUAUCUACCUGGAUGUCCAGCUCAGAAUUUAAAAGAAAAUGCUGGUGAGAUGUCUGUGGCUAAUCUUGACAAAUUGAUUCAUGCUAAUGGUAGUACCACCACUGCGCCAUUGCGUUUAAAAAUGCAAAAGGCUAUGCAUCAGCAUGCCGGGAUUUUUCGCGUUGGUCCUAACCUACAGCAAGGUGUCCAGAAAAUCGUUGCGAUUUUUAAGGAACAAAAAAAUAUACGCGUGGUAGAUAAGUCAUUAAUUUGGAAUUCGGACUUAAUCGAAACAUUGGAGUUACAGAAUUUACUUGUGAACUCCAUGUGCACGAUGGUUGCCGCUGAAAAUCGCAAGGAAUCACGCGGCUCACAUAUGCGCGAAGACUUUAAGGACCGUGUUGAUGAAUAUGACUAUAGCAAGCCUGUUGAUUGUCAAAGGAAAAGACCAAUGGAUGAACAUUGGCGUAAACACAGCUUAACAUGGAUUUGUUGCGAUACUGGCGAAGUCAAAAUUAAAUAUCGUGCCGUCAUCGACACACCUUUAGACAAUAGCGUGGAGCAUGUACCACCUGCUAUUCGCCAAUACUAA